AUGGCCACCAAAGACGACAAAGAAGCACCACCACCCACCGAGGAUGUCCUUGAGUGCGGCCAGGUGCCCUCCCCGUCUGAGAAGAAGACCUCGGCGUUUAAAUCUCUAGGAUGGCUGGAUCGAUUCCUCGCGGUAUGGAUCUUUCUCGCCAUGGUCAUUGGCAUUGUGCUUGGUAACUUUGUGCCGCACAUUGGCGCGUCGCUGCAGCGCGGGCAAUUUGUCGGCGUCUCGGUUCCCAUCGCAAUCGGCCUGCUGGUCAUGAUGUAUCCGAUUCUAUGCAAAGUCCGCUACGAGACGCUGCAUAUUAUCCUGCGACAAAAGACGCUGUGGAAGCAGAUUGGCUUUUCCGUCUUCAUCAACUGGAUCGUGGCGCCCUUCUUCAUGAUGGCCCUUGCCUGGGCCUUCCUCCCCGACGAGCCCAGCCUCCGCGCCGGCCUCAUCCUCGUCGGCCUCGGGCGGUGCAUCGCCAUGGUUCUCAUCUGGAACGGCCUCGCCGGCGGCGACGCCGAGUACUGCGCCAUCCUCGUCGCCGUCAACUCGAUCCUACAAAUGGUGCUCUUCGCGCCCCUCGCCAUCUUCUUCCUGCGCGUCAUCAGCCACACCUCCACGUCCUCCGUCUCCUACUCCGUCGUCGCCACCAGCGUCGGUGUCUUUCUCGGCAUCCCCCUCGGCGGCGCCAUCCUCACCCGGCUCGCCCUCCGCCGCAUCUUGGGCAGCGAGUGGUACGAGCGCACGUUCCUAGCGUGGCUCUCCCCGUGGUCGCUCAUCGGCUUGUUGUAUACCAUUAUUGUGCUGUUCGCGUCGCAGGGCGCGCACGUUGUGCAGCAAAUUGUCUCCGUAGUGAGAGUCGCGGCGCCUAUGAUUGUCUACUUUCUGUGCAUCUUCUUCUUCACGCUGUGGGUGACGCGCCGGCUCGGCUUCGGGUACAGGCUCGGCUGCACGCAGAGCUUCACGGCGGCCAGCAACAAUUUUGAGCUGGCGAUUGCGGUGGCCGUCGCCACGUUUGGGCCCGACAGCAACGAGGCGCUCGCGGCGUCGGUCGGGCCGCUGAUUGAGGUGCCGGUGCUGAUUGCGCUGGUGUAUCUCGUCAAGUGGCUCGGCGCCCGAUGGAACUGGAAGGAGUAG